GGGCACGGAUUGUAUGUCGUAACACAUACACCUCAUAACCGCCCUAAAAAGCUCAGCACGGGCGACUCGAGCUCGAUGAGUUAUUCCGCGCUCCCCCAUCCAUAACUUAAGUCGACUUAUUUGAUUGACGGCUCCAUAUUUUUUUGUGUGAUUUUUUCUCGGUGGCUCCAGAAAGCACAAAAACGGGGUAAUACAGACAGAGAGGAAAAGAGGGAGAGAAAAUAACAAACGCUGCUGGAAAGAAAGUGCGAGCUCAAGAGCGCUGGGAGCGACCCAGGAUCAACAUUGUGAAAAAUACAUAGAUAUUUCACAGACAAAGGAGUGUCGACUUUUGCUCAUUUCUUUAUUUUGGGGAACUUAGGCACGCCGACAUCAUAAUUAAUUUGCAUAAGAGGACAUAGUAACGAUCACCAUGACGACUGAAAUGCAGGAUAUCGCCAUCACAGAGGAGAAGCCUUUACUGCCGGGUCAAUCGGACGCUGUGAAGGACGUGGAGAUCGCGGCCCGGAUACUUCUGGAUCAUGGCCAGGAGCACACUGUGGAGACGUCUCACGGCGUGCUGCACGUGACGGUUCACGGCGCUGGAAACGUGCGCAGACCGGCCAUUCUGACCUUCCAUGAUGUGGGAAUGGACAGUAAGAGCUGCUUCUCCACCCUGUUUAAGUUUGAGGAGAUGCUGGAGAUCGUGAAGAACUUUACUGUGGUCCAUGUGGAUGCUCCGGGACAAGAGGAGGGUGCGGCCAUUUAUCCUGCCGGAUACCAGUAUGCAACUAUGGAUCAGAUCUCUGAUAUGCUUCCAGCUGUCCUGCAGUAUUUUAAUUUCCGCACAAUCAUCGGUGUAGGAGUCGGAGCUGGCGCUUACAUACUGUCCAAGUUCACUCUGACUAACCCUGAGGCCGUGGAGGGGCUCGUUCUGAUCAAUGUGGACACAAACGCUCGAGGCUGGAUGGACUGGGCAGCACAGAAGCUCUCCAACCUGACGUCUUCCCUCUCAGACCAAAUCCUGAGCCACCUCUUCAGUCAGGAAGAGUUGUCUGCAAACACAGAGCUCAUUCAGACUCACAGAGAGAGAAUCUCUAAAUCUCCAAACCUCAUCAACAUCGAACUCUUCUGGAAGAGCUACCUGGGUCGUAGAGAUCUGAACAUCGAGAGGAAUAACACGUUCAAAUGUCCUGUGAUGCUGGUGGUCGGUGAUCAGGCUCCAUACGAGGAAGCAGCUGUGGAGUGUAACAGCAAACUAGAUCCAACUACCACCUCCUUCCUCAAGAUGGCUGAUGCCGGCGGGAUGCCACAGCUGACUCAGCCCAGCAAACUGACAGAAGCGUUUAAGUACUUCAUUCAAGGCAUGGGAUACAUGGCCUCGUCCUGCAUGACGCGUCUCUCGCGCUCGCGCACCACCUCGCUCUCCUCCUCCUACUCCAUGGAGGGCUCGCGCUCCCGAUCCCGCACGCUGUCCCAGGGCUCGCAGGGUGGACAGCUGCCCCCGAGCCCGUCCCAUACCAUGGAGGUGUCGUGCUGAGGAGCGCCAGAGCGGGGGGAGAGAGGUGCACAGAUGGAUGGAGCGCUGGAGUCCUCUGGGAAAGUGAGUUCUGUGCGUGAAGACGGGCGGAUGAUGACGACUCUCUCCCUCCCUUCACCCUUCACCCUUCACCGACCCGUCAGGCAGAUGAUAGAGCAACUCUGUGGCAUGGGCGGGGCCUCUAGUGAGACCCACAUUUAGUGUUAACCAAUAGUAAUACUUCUAAUAUGAAUAUUGAUUAUUAAUAUUAAUAACAACGAGGGUCACUGAAAAAAGAUAAAUAACAAUGUUUCUCUUACUUACAUGUUGAAUUUCUAAACAAAAGAAUAGAGAAAAGAGUAAAUAAGCUCAUAAUAUGUGUCUAUCAACUUCUAUGUGAUUAUUAUUUUUUGGUGUGUGUGUGUGUGUGUGUUUUUUUCUUUAGUUUUUGUAUUUUGUAUUAUUUUCUUCUGUAAUACAAUCCUGCUGCUGUGAGAGGAGUACAGUAUUUUCGGAGACGUUGGUGAAAGUUUUAGGCCGAAGUACUCGUCUCUGUCGAUGACAGCCACCUCAUGUCUUCCAUUUGCCCUUAAAGAAGCUAUAUACAUUAAAAGCGAGAAAGAUAAAAUACUGUAAUUGUAUUAUCUUACUUUGAUUUGUUUGGUUUCAGGGUUAGGGCCAUUGGGGUCUUUGCCAGUUUUGAAAUGCAUGCCAGAAUUUCA